GGAAUACGCUGUUGCUCAACAAUGGCCUUGGAUCGCAUUUGUGCAACAGUGACCUAUUGGUGUGCCGUGAGGAACGCUUUAUGAAUGUCAGUGUACUCCAAAGAGUACAAGUUUUCGUUGUGAGAUUUUCUGAAGAACCGCGUGGUCGGGGUCGGCGCAUACAGUUUGCUAAGCGUGCCUCAGAAUCGAACCUGGACCUGCAGCGAGAGACUCGCAGACGGGGCGUGGUCAGCGCCGCAUGCACUGGGCUGCAAGCAGCGAGGCGGCAGUAACGUGCCGACCACUGAGCGGCGAGGAAGUGAGCGGAACGAUGAGGCUGUUGCAGUUGCUGGCAGUGGUCUUACUGGGCGUCAAGGCAGCCCGGGGCGUCAUCCUGACGCCGCCCUAUUUCAACCUGGCAGAGGGACGCCGAAUCUAUGCUACUGCCACCUGUGGGGAGGAGAUCCAAGAACCGGAACUAUACUGCAAGUUGGUUGGGGCCAACGCGGACCGAGAUGUGAACGUGAACCUUAUACAAGGGCAGGUGUGUGACUAUUGUGACCCCGGCCAGCCUGACAAGACGCAUCCCGCACAGUAUGCAGUGGAUGGUGCAGAGACUUGGUGGCAAAGCCCGCCACUUUCGCGUGGUGUCAAAUACAAUGAGGUCAACCUUACCAUCGACCUGGGACAGGAGUUCCAUGUGGCUUAUGUGUUCAUCAAGAUGGCUAACUCACCUCGACCUGGUGUAUGGGUUCUGGAAAAAUCUGUUGACAAUGGAGUGACUUAUCAGCCAUGGCAGUACUUUGCCGACACACCAGGAGACUGUGAGACCUAUUUUGGGCGAGAAAGCCUACAGCUUAUCACCAGAGAUGAUUCUGUAGUCUGUGAGACGCAGUACUCCAAGGUGGUGCCUCUGGAAGGUGGUGAGAUUGUGGUAUCUCUGCUGAACAAUCGCCCAUCAGCAAAUGAUUUCUUCAAUUCAACAGUGCUACAAGAAUGGACUAGGGCUACAAAUGUUCGUCUCCGUUUCCUUCGAACUAAAACUUUGCUGGGACAUCUUAUGUCAGUUGCCCGUCAAGAUCCAACUGUAACCCGAAGGUACUUCUAUUCCAUUAAAGACAUCAGCAUUGGAGGACGCUGUAUGUGUAAUGGUCAUGCAGACACUUGUGACAUCACAGACCCUAAUGACCCAUACAAGCUGUUAUGUCGUUGUCAACACCAUACGUGUGGUGGAAACUGUGACGCGUGCUGUCCUGGUUUCCAGCAGAAAGCUUGGAGGCAGUCAAAGAGUUAUCAACCUUUUGUAUGUGAAUCUUGCAACUGUUUUGGACAUACCGAGGAGUGCAUAUAUGACCCUGAAGUAGACAGGCAACAUCUCUCGCUAGAUAUACAUGGUUACUACGAAGGAGGUGGUGUGUGCCAGAACUGCCGAGACAACACUGAGGGCAUCAACUGCAACCGAUGCAAACCCGGCUACUUUCGUCCAUUCGGAAAGAAACUCAAUGAAACAGAUGUUUGUCACCCUUGUCAGUGCAACUACUUUUAUUCAACUGGGAACUGUGAAGAGGGGACAGGUCGCUGUGAAUGUCGUGUUGAGUUCACUCCACCUAACUGUGACAGUUGCAGUUUUGGCUACUUUGGCUAUCCUGAAUGUCGACCUUGUGAAUGUCACCUCAAUGGGACCAGGGGGUUCCACUGUGAAUCUACUGGUGGGCAGUGCCCCUGCAAACCUAAUUAUGCUGGGAAGUUCUGUGACAAGUGCUAUGAUGGUUACUACAACUUUCCUGAGUGCCUGUUUUUUGACCGUGGGCACGCUCUGAUUCCGGGGAAUGAACCCAGCACAUCCAUUGGUCGGCGGCCGGUCUGCCUCACAGCCGGCCUGGAUGGGGUGUUGACGAGAAAACUUGGUUUCUGCCGGGAAUCGAAGCCCGGUUGCCUAGUCAGUGUAGAUUCUGAACUGUCUCGAUGGAUUUUUGUUCUUGCUCGUACCAUGGUCAACUUUUGUGGAAAUGGUAAUGAACUUUAG